CUCAACAAAGACUGAGGCACAGCCGCUGCUGCUGUGAUCUGUUUGCUCGCAGUUUUUUUUCUAUUCUGAAAAUGGGUUUAGACUGGGGCAGAGACAUGAGCUAAUUGUAUCCUGAUCUUUGCCUUGAGGGGUUUCGGAGCCCUGGAGCAAGUAUUCUCUGUAUUUUGUUCUGUCUACCUUAGCCAAGCUAUUGCAUUUCUCACUGGUGUAGGAAGAGAGGCAGAUCGUGGCCAAAUCGGAAGGAAAAAGGUGCAUAAAAAGACACUUUUAUGCCUCUCCAUGUUUCAGCAGGAUAAUCGCUGCGGUAUGUCCAGGCCCAUGAUCACACGGUCACCAGUGUCUCCCCUGAGUAACCAGGGCAUCCCCACAGCGGCACAGCUCACCAAGUCCAAUGCCCCUGUGCACAUCGAUGUGGGCGGACACAUGUACACCAGCAGUCUGGCCACCUUAACCAAAUUCCCAGAAUCCCGAAUUGGUCGCCUCUUUGAUGGCACAGAGCCUAUAGUCCUGGACAGCCUGAAGCAGCACUACUUCAUUGACAGGGAUGGACACAUGUUCCGCUACAUCCUCAACUUCCUCAGGACGUCCAAGCUCCUCAUCCCAGAUGACUUCAAAGACUACAGCCUGCUGUACGAGGAGGCGCGGUACUUCCAGCUGCAGCCCCUGCUCUCCGAGCUGGAGCGCUGGCGUCAAGACCAGGAGCUGAGACUGGUGUCGCGCCCCUGCGAGUGCUUGGUGGUCCGCGUGGCGCCUGACCUGGGCGAGAGGAUCACGCUCAGCGGCGACAAGGCCCUGAUCGAAGACGUGUUCCCGGAGAUCGGUGACGUCAUGUGCAACUCUGUCAAUGCCGGCUGGAACCAUGACUCCACGCACGUCAUCCGCUUCCCACUCAAUGGGUACUGCCACCUCAACUCUGUGCAGGUCCUCGAGCGUCUCCAGCAGCGUGGCUUCGAGAUCGUCGGCUCCUGCGGCGGAGGCGUGGACUCGUCCCAAUUCAGCGAGUACGUCCUGAGGAGGGAACUGAGGAGGACAGGUCAGCGAGGACCCAAUUCAAACAGGAUAAAGCAGGAGCAGCUGGACUAGAAUUCCUCCCAAGAAGUAGGGGGUGCUAGACUUUUCUGUGGCAGCCAAACGGGCGAUGCCGCAGAGCUCUGUGGACUCUGUUUUUCUUCGUUACCUUGUUGAUGUUUUUGUUUUCUUUAACUGAGAACCAUCUAGAGAAUUUUAAAAAAGGAUUUUUUUUUUUUGCCAUAAGAAGAUACAAGACAUUUGAUAAGUUUGAGAUUGCAAGGACAUAUGUGAUUGUCUAGCCCCCAUAAACCAAUUUAAAAAGGAUUUAUAUUCCCUGGAUCCCCCAAAAAAGUUUGUUUUAAAACUUGGAACCUACAUUAGGUUGAAUAUGAUUUCUAUUAUCCCAAUAUAAAUUAAAACAAAAAGCUUUUAUCGCUUAUGUAGUACAUUGCAUAGCUGGUCACCAGUGACUUGGUUUUGUUUCCUCACUGGCAAAUUGGCUGUUUGGGAGUGUGUUUUUAUCCCUUACUGUAAAAAGGUCAUUUAUGUGUUGCUUACAGUACAGAAUGUCUCAGUUGUCAUAAACAGUUUUAAACAAAAACAUAAUUUUUCACAAUUUACAUGAUGUUGAAUAUUGUGAUACAAAUGAAGUGUUUUUUUUACUUAAUGGAAGUUAUUUUAUUUUAUUUCGCCAUAAAACAUAUAGUUGAUAUUAGUAUCGUCAAAAUUUAGCAUCAGAGACCAUUAUUACGCAGUAAAGAAGAUAAUUUAGCAGAUUAUUAUGUCACAUCAUUUGCCUCAUCGGGAAGUACGGACGGCUAACCCCUUGGGAAAUAUUUAAUUGGAUCAUAAUAUUCCGCUGAGUGAUGACCUGUAAAUUCUUUCAUCGUAUACGUGUUUGUGUUUUUUACAUUGAAUCUUUUUAAAGCAAAUUUGUUGCCUCAGACAUGACUGAACAGAUUAAAAGCUAAUUGUACUAUCCACUCCAAGAUCACUUUUACUUGUAGGACAUAUUGAUAUGAAGUUGGAUAUAAAGUAUUUCUAAGAUGACUGACCCACCUACGCUCCCUAGAUUUGAGUAAAGAGGAAUGUAGCAAAAGCAACACAAAAAAAAAGUGAAAUAAAUCUCAAUCUCAGUUGU